UUGGCGCUUGUGUCAACACUCCCUCCACCGAUUUCCGCGUCGCAGAGCAUUUAAAGUCCUGCAGCGUUUCCUCCAAACUUCUACUCUCAAAGCUGCAGGGACUAUCCGCCACCAUGUCCGAACGAGGAGCCUUCGACACCAACGUGGUCACCAUGACCCGGUUCGUUAUGGAGGAGGGCAGGAAGGCGAAAGGCACCGGAGAGCUGACAACGCUGCUGAACUCGCUGUGCACGGCGGUGAAAGCCAUCUCGUGCGCUGUGCGUAAAGCUGGGAUCGCCCACCUUUAUGGCAUUGCUGGCAGCACAAAUGUGACAGGGGACCAGGUGAAGAAGCUGGACAUUCUCUCCAAUGAUCUGGUCAUCAACAUGUUAAAGUCAUCUUUUACCUCCUGUGUGCUGGUGUCUGAGGAGAACGAGAAAGCGAUCAUUAUAGAACCAGAAAAGAGGGGUAAAUACAUCGUGUGCUUUGAUCCUCUGGACGGCUCAUCCAAUAUCGACUGUCUCGUCUCCAUCGGUACUAUCUUUUCCGUUUACAAAAAGAACAACGACGAUGAGCCCUGUGAGAAGGACGCCCUGCAGCCUGGCAGGAACCUUGUUGCAGCAGGUUACGCGCUGUAUGGCAGCGCAACCAUGAUGGUGAUCUCAACUGGCAAUGGAGUCAGCUGCUUUAUGCUCGACCCAGCAAUUGGUGAAUUCAUCCUGGUCGAUCGGGAUGUGAAGAUCAAGAAGCGGGGAAAGAUUUACAGCAUGAAUGAAGGUUAUGCAAAGUACUUUGAACCCGCUGACACAGAAUACCUGCAGAAGAAGAAGUUCCCUCAGGAUGGCACCGAACCCUAUGGUGCCCGAUAUAUUGGUUCUAUGGUGGCAGAUGUCCACAGAACGCUGAUGUAUGGAGGCAUCUUUUUAUACCCUGGAAAUGUGAAGAGCCCCAAUGGAAAGCUGCGGCUGCUAUACGAAGGCAACCCCAUGGCCUACAUCAUAGAGCAGGCGGGCGGCAUGGCCUCCACAGGCCUUCAGACCAUCCUGGACAUCCAGCCUGAGAGCAUCCAUCAGCGGGUGCCUGUGGCUAUGGGCUCCUCUGAAGACGUGUUGGAGUACAUCGCCAUCUGCCAGAAACAUGCAAAGAAGUGAGACUACACCAAGUUGCUCUCAAGCCAGCCUCAAAUAAAAAAAAAAAUAAAAAAACCUUGUACCUCCAAACUGACAGUCUUACCAGAAAUAAGGAAGUUGUCAUCAAUCCAUUUUUCAUAAUGUGGUGUGGAGUUUUAAACUGUGCCUUAAGAUCAGAAAUAGCAGAUAGUUCCACCAUUACAUUGUUGAUGAAACCAAAUUUGGAGUUACAAGGUUUUGUAGCCACACCAGCAUUGCUCUAUUUGUAGAAAGCUGAAUGAUAGUAGAAAGAAGGUGGUGCAAUGGUCACCUGAGAACUGUGACUUACAAGCUCAGUUACACACAAACAUGCACACAUUCCUCAAAAAAGACCAAAUAUGUCCCAAAUAAACACAAACAAAUGCACUUGAAUAAAGAAAACCUGAAGUCCUUUCCUGCUCUGUUUACCUCCACCUGUGCCUUAACUAGAAUAAACAUGUUAUUUACCUUUGAAGGACCAAAUACACAACCUCUAUGCAAUCAAACCUGUGGCCUUUUGCACUGUUAACGACGCCUGUUUGAAAUAAAGUCUC